ACGUGGGUUGUCUUGGUGGUGGUGGAUGCUCGGUUGGUGGCAGAACAUACAUGAUACAUCCUCUAUUUUCCAACGCCAUCAUUCCCCCAUUCAAUCUCUCUCUCUCUCUCUCUGCGCUUAAACUGUUAGGCGAACAAGAACAAAACAACACAGGAGCCACGCUUGUCAGUUUCUUCAGGUUAAAAGAGAAGAAACGAAAUGGGAAAUAUUGGAAGCAAUAGCAAUGGAGGAAGCCGCCGGAGGCAUCGGAGCCAACCGCCUCCUCCUCCGACAACGCCGCAGGAUCCGCAGACGGGAACCACCGGGAACAGAUAUGUUUUCGCUGCGGCCACACCUUACCCGAAUCCUAACCUACCCCAAUACUACCAGUAUCCCAGGUUCUACCCGCCACCGCCCGUGGGGGGUCCGUAUCCGCAGCCUUACCGCGGGGUCUAUCCGGCUCCGGCACCCGCCAAUUGGGUUAAUGGGCCGUAUCCGUAUGGGCCUACCCCGCACCCGGUUAUCCCCUAUGUGGAGCACCAGAAGGCUGUCACGAUCAGGAACGAUGUGAACAUUAAGAAGAAGAGUCUGAGGGUUGAGCCUGAUGAGGAGAAUCCUGGGCACUUCCUUGUGGCGUUCACUUUUGAUGCCACUGCGCCCGGAAGCAUCACGGUUAUGUUUUUCGCUAAAGAAAAUGAAGACUGCAACAUUACAGCAACAAAGGAAGGCCUGCUUAACCCUGUCACAGUUUCUUUUCAGCAAGGUCUUGGUCAGCAGUUCAGACAACCUAAUGGAACCGGAAUUGACUUGUUGAAGUUUGAGGGGACAGAGUUAAUGAAAGAUGGUGAUAUAGAAGUUUACCCACUUGUGGUGAAGGCUGAGGCAUACCCAUUGACCCAAACUGAACCAGAAGGAAAUCCAGUCAGGAAUUCUCAGAUCACCCUGGCUUUGUUUGAAAAGAAGGAGAUAGGUGAGUACCAUGUGCGGGUGAUUAAACAGAUCCUGUGGGUGAACGGGAUGAGGUACGAGCUGCAGGAAAUUUAUGGGAUUGGGAAUACAGUUGAUGGUGAUUUGGAUGAGAAUGAUUCUGGUAAAGAAUGUGUUAUUUGCUUGUCUGAACCCCGAGACACGACUGUCCUCCCAUGCCGACACAUGUGCAUGUGCAAUGGCUGUGCUAAAGUCCUUGCCCUCCAGUCAAACAGAUGCCCCAUUUGUAGGCAACCAGUAGGCAGGCUCCUGGAAAUCAAGGUCAACAAUGGACCUGAUGAUUGUGGACAGUCCGCCGCCGCCGAACAUGAUGCUGCUGAACAGGAUGCCGUGAAGUUAUAAGCUGCUCUCCAGCUUCGACAAUAGUAGAUUGUAAACAGGUGAUAAGAUAAGCAGCCAUGGUUCCUCUCAAUGCAAUGUUUGCAUUGUGUUGACCACUUUGCUCCUCAUACAAAUGGAAUUUUUCUGUUUUGCUUAGAAGCUAAGAAAGGUGCCUACAGCUGCUGUUUCUCUGUCUCUCUCCCUCUCUUUUCCAGUCAAGUAGGCCCUCAAGAACUGCCAUGAAGAGUUCCUUUACCAUAAUGUUUGGUUGGUGGCUUUGUUGUAAUUCUGAUAUCUGGAUUUGUCCUUCUUCAUAAUUGAUCUGGACCUUAUUUAUUGCAGAUAAGCCCCUAAUCAGAUGGUGCAGACCAAUAAAAACCAGUACAGUAGGCUGUCCUUGGUAAGAGAGGGAGAGGUAAACUUGUAAGAGAAAUGUUGUUUCUUGUUGGUUUGUGUAUUCUUCAUAUAUUCUUAGGUUUUGUUGCUAUUUUCUAUUUUUAAUUUACUUUUCAAGAAACGUGAAGGUUUUAUUAAUUAAGAAAUGUAAUGAUAUUUUU